GUCGGCGUCUUGGCUUGUUCUCUUCCAACAUCAUCAAGUUAAGGCUGCACAACGACCAAGACACCACUCCAGCAUGUCUGCCCUCGUCUAUGCCGCAGAAUUGAGGCUGGCCGAGCUCGCAGUCAUCAGAGCCUCCAAGCUCACCUCCCUCGUCUUCCAAAACCUGGUUCAAGCGUCGACCGUCACCAAGGAGGACAAGUCGCCCGUGACCAUUGCAGACUUUGGUGCUCAAGCCAUUGUGAAUGCAGUGCUCAGCCAGGCAUUCCCCAAGAUUCCUAUCGUUGGAGAGGAGGAUGCUGAUGCGUUGCGGCAAGAUGCUUCUGUCUCCGACAAGGUCUGGAAUCUCGUCUCUAAGAUUCUGGCCGAAGAGGAAGAGCAGAAGGUCGGACCGAUUGCGUCGCAGACAGAAAUGCUUGAAAAGAUUGACCUCGGUCAGUAUGCUGGCGGUGAAUCUGGCCUGAUGUGGGCAUUGGACCCGAUUGACGGCACAAAAGGCUUCCUUCGCGGUGGCCAGUAUGCUGUGUGCCUGGGUCUCAUCAAGGACGCCAAGGUCGUCCUCGGCGUCAUUGGAUGCCCGAACUUGCCCGUCGACCCCUCUCAGCCAGAAGGCAAGAAGGGUUUGCUCUUCUCUGCUUUGACGGGAUGCGGUGCCUAUACUCAGCCUCUCGACCGCAGCGAACCAGAGAAGCGCAUCAUGAUGAACAAAGUAUCAAGUCCAGCAGAAGCAAGCUUCUGUGAGUCUGUCGAGUCUGGACACUCAGCACAUGACACAAAUGCCGAUAUUGCUCGUAAGCUUGGCAUCACGAAGCCAUCCGUGCGCAUGGACUCACAAGCAAAGUACUGCUCGAUUGCACGCGGUGAUGGUGACAUCUACCUGCGUCUACCAGUCUCUGCCACUUAUGAGGAGAAAAUAUGGGAUCAUGCUGCUGGUAAUGUCAUCAUUGCAGAAGCAGGUGGCAAGGUGAGCGACAUGGAAGGAAAGCCGCUCGACUUUGGCAAGGGCAGGACGCUCAAGAGCAAAGGUGUCAUUGCAUGUGAGGCGGGCAUCUUCGAUCAAGUGAUUAGUGCUGUGAAGAGUGCGACCAGCGCCAAUCUAUAGCCGGUCUUGCCAUACGUACAUGUAGUCCGUUCAUGUCUAGAGCUUCACGUCAACAAACAAAAACUCG